AUGCCUGUUGCAGACCAGUCUGAGCAUUGGAACAUCGAGCUGCUACAGGAAGAGGAGAUUACGGCACAUUUAGAUAUUGUGGUGAUAACAAGACAAGGGCUUGAAGAUCUCACGUCAAUACGAGGUCUCCCUCAAGAUCUGCGCUCUCGCCGACAUACAAUUCAAAGCCGAAACAAAGCUCUCAAAAGUCCAGUCACCAGUCCGUCGGCAGGAGGGAAUAAACCUCAAAAGCAUUUUACCGACAAGAGGCUGGUGGCAGGUCGCCCAUUACAUCGCUAUAGUGUACCGACGGCAGUGUACAGCCAAGAACUCGCGAAAAUCAUGGAACAAUUCGAUAAGAUCGAGGAGGUCGAAGUUACUGAGAAAAUAGUUCGUCACGCUGCUGACUUGGUUUCCGUUGGCGCGGAUCUUUUUGAAGAUGAAAAGCAACGGAAAACGUCGUCAGAGAACUCUUGGAUGUGA